GUACCAGCCACAGUCAGUACUAGCGCUAUCAUGAAAUACGUCCACGUCAGAUCUGCAUGGUUGUUUUUAUAACUUAACCUGAACAGUAGUAAUCUGUUGAAAAAGAAAGUUAUAUAUUUCGAUCAAAUCUCUUCUUUCUCUUUUAAUACAUAAUUAAGUGAUUAUUUUUAAAGCACAGUGUUUCAAAAUGUAUUGGACUCUAUGGUUAUUUAUUAUUGGAUUUUUUGGAGUAGAUAAUACAUUUGGACAAGGUCAAAGAAUUGCACCAGGUGUACCUCCUCAACAUUAUCAAGUUCAGCAGCCUACUCAGCAAAUACACCAGGUACCACAAGUACAACAGGGUUCACAGCAACAACAAGUUCCGAUACAACAUGUGCCUAUUCAUCAAGCACCUGUACAACAACAAAUACCUGUUCAAGCCCCUAUACAGCAACAAAUGCACAAUCACAAUCAUCAACCUCAGCAAAUACUUAAUGCUGCCAAUAUAGCUCAGGAAAAAGCUCAUAUCGCAGAACAUAUGGAAGUUCCAAUUGAUACAAAUAAAAUGACAGAACAGGAAUUGCAGUUCCAUUAUUUUAAAAUGCACGAUUCAGAUAACAACAAUAAAUUGGAUGGAUGCGAAUUAAUAAAAUCUCUUAUUCAUUGGCAUGAACAAAAUAAACAAGAUCCUGGGGCAUCAAACGCCGGAGAUAAAUUAUUUCAAGAUGACGAAUUGAUUAAUUUAAUUGAUCCAAUUCUUGCUGUAGAUGAUAUGAAUAAAGAUGGAUAUAUAGAUUAUCCAGAAUUCAUACAAGCUCAGCAAAAUGCAGCUGCUACUGGUCGACAGUAAUUAAAAUAACUUUAUAUUAUGGAAUUACAAAAACAGUCGCAUACAUUAAAAUUAUUAUUUCUUACAAAAAUAGUAAAUUUUUCAUCAGUA